UACUAGCUGUGGCGUGACGUCAAACCCCCCCUGCCGAAUCCCAACAUGGCGCUGCCGGUGCGGGCUAAGCUAGCACGGCAUCUCCUGAUCAAGUUCUUCAGGAAGCUUCACCGAGUCCACCGAAGGUUUCUCUGCGAUGGGGGCACGUUGGAAACGAAGCGGGUGUUCUCCGGGAUCCAGCCCACUGGGGUGCCCCACCUGGGCAACUACCUGGGGACCCUGGAGACCUGGGCGUCCCUCCAGGACCGCUACCCGUCGGUCGUGUACAGUGUGGUGGACCUGCACGCCAUCACCCAGCCCCAGGACCCCCGCAGUCUCAGGACCAACACGCUGGACAUGGUGGCCAGCCUGCUGGCGUGUGGCAUCAACCCACACAAGGCCAUUCUCUUCCAGCAGUCACAGGUGCCUGAGCAUGCCGAACUCUCCUGGAUCCUCGGAUGCCUGACCAGCAUGCCGCGCCUCCGACACCUGCCACAGUGGAAGAUGAAGAGCAAGGAGAAGAAGGAAGGCAGUGUGGGUCUGUACACGUAUCCUGUCCUCCAGGCAGCGGAUAUUCUCCUCUACAAGUCCACUCACAUCCCCGUCGGCGAGGACCAGGUCCUGCAUCUGGAGCUGGCCCAGGACCUGGCUCGUAUCUUCAACAACCGCUACGGGGACCACGUCUUCCCUGAACCCCGCGCCUUGCUCAGCUCCACCCGAAAGGUCAAAUCCCUCCGCGACCCCUCAUCCAAAAUGUCCAAAUCGGACCCCCUGACCAUGGCUACCAUUUACAUCACAGACACCCCGGAAGAAAUCACUCUGAAAAUCCGCCGCGCCGUCACCGACUUUACCUCGGAGGUGACGUACCACCCGGAGACGAGGCCUGGAGUGUCCAACCUGGUUAGCAUCCACGCUGCCGCCGCCGCCAUCAAUGUCGACGAGGCAGUGUCGCAAGCCCGAGGUUUGGACACGGCGGCGUACAAGAAUCUGGUUGCCGAAGUGGUCGUCCAGAGGCUGGCGCCCAUUCGGGACAAGGUUGUGCGGCUCAGGGCGGAGCGCCUCCACCUGGAGGCUGUGCUGGACGAAGGGCGACACAAAGCCAGGCAGCUGGCCACCAUCACGCUACAGGAAAUCAGAAGAUUGGUUGGAUUCUGUUGACGGGCGGAUUUGGAACUGCCACUGCCCGAUUGGUCCAAUUUUUUGGGAUUAAAUCAUGGUUAACGUCCAUGGUUAAGUUUUUUUUUUUUGUUUGUUUGUUUUGUUUUGUUAUUAGUUGUUUUUAUUUUUUUUUAUUUUGACCGAAUCAUGAUAAGAAAUACAGCUAACAAUAUAUAACAAUAUAUAUUUUUAUUUUUAUUUUUUACUUCGGUUGUGGGCAGGGCAGAUUUGGAACUGGGCCUGAUUGGUCCGUUUAUUGAUGAUAUGAUAGAUGAGUUCCUGUCCCUGAAACUUUUUAUUUUUCUAGACCUACCCCAUAAGGAAUUUUUUUCACUACAUGAAGUCACACUGGUCGGUUGAUAGGUAGACUUGGAAUUGACACCACUGAUUGGUCCAUUUUUGUGGAUGACACACUUCCUCCCUCAAACGUUUUAUUUUUCUAUUUUUUGAGAACUGGAUCAUGGUUGGAAACAAUAUAUAAAUAUUCAAGAUGAUCAUUUACAUUUUUUGUGUAAUCACAACAUAAUAACUUUUUCGCUACAUGACGCUAACCAACUGGUCAGAUUCUGUUCACAGGCCGAAUUGGAAUGGAUACAACCUGAUUGGUCUGUGUUUUGUAAUGACGUCAUAGUUCCUGUCUCUGAAACGUUUUUUUUGUUUGUUUUUUUUAAAUUUGGAAUGGAUCAUGAUUACAAGAAAUAAAUAUUUAAACAUUAAGCAUUAUGAUUUUCUUUUUUCAAAUGUACAACUUUUUUUCACACAAAAUAAUUUAGACGACCAGUUAGAUUUUGUGAAUGAGCAUGCUUGAAAUUUACACCACCUGAUUGGUCCCUUUAUUUUAUGACAUAACAGUUUAUGGACUCAUUUCCUACCUCCAUUUUAAGACACAACUUUGUUUUUGUCAUAUUUGUAAUUAAUUAAUAAUGUCUUAAAGACAUAAAUGCAUAUCCGAAUGUUUGUCCUCCUCCUCCCUUAGAUUAAACCAUUUUACAACAC